AUGGAUAAAUUGAAAAUAUCGCAAAAAGUGACGCGGAUCGCGUUCACGCGGACAUACAACGCUUUCUUGAGCGAGACGAAAAAAGGAUCGCCGGACAUAACCUCGUUGCGAGUCAAUUUUGCAUUGAUUCGAGAAAAAGCGACGGAGCUCGGUGAAUUGAGCCAGAAGAUACAGGAGGCAAUGAUUGAAGCCGGAGAGACGGAAGAAGCUCUUUCUAGAGAAAUGGAAAGCGCUGAUGAAUAUAUGGCAAGAUAUCAUCGCGCGAAGAUCGAGCUGACGCAACUAUCCGAGACAAGGGAAACAGCGAUGCAGGCAGCACAACCGCAGCCAUUCCCAACGGUCGUAUCGGCACAGGAAAACAUACGCGCACUGAAACUACCUAAGAUCGAAUUGAGGAAAUUCGGCGGUGAGAUUAAAGACUGGCUGGCGUUAUGGAGCACGUUCAAGAAAAUUUAUGACGAUGCGACCCUAACGAGAGAGGAUAAAUUCCACUAUUUAUUGCAGUCGACAACAAAGGAUUCUCGUGCGUACGAGAUCGUUAACAGUUUCCCUCCUACCGCGGAAAACUAUGAGAAGGCAAUACAGAGCCUUAAGUCUCGAUUCGGUAAGAAAGAUCUCUUGAUAGAAUUUUAUGUACGUGAGCUCUUGAAGUUGGUUCUGAGUAAGAAUAAAAACGUAUCGCUUACGACAAUCUAUGAUAAACUUGAAACGCAUCUUCGUGCACUCGAAUCCUUGGAUGUAACUACAGAGAUGUGUGCGGCGAUGUUAUUCCCAUUAGUAGAAUCCUCGUUGCCGGAAGAAGUUUUACGGACAUGGCAGCGGACAGCGACCAUAUCAGCGGAUGUCCCUACAGUAAGUAUCACGGCUAAAGAUCGUCUCACGCACUUGAUGACUUUUCUAGGAAAAGAAGUGGAGAGUGAGGAACGCAUUCAUAUGGCUAAAACGUGCUUUGAUAUAAAUGAUGAUCCUGCAAAGAAUAAAAAUAAAAAGAAGUCGAAAAGUGACUUGGAUCGAGGUCAAGAUGUGGCUACAACUGCUGGGUUACUCACGCUCAGGGAUACAAAUAUAUCUAAAUGCUUGUUCUGCGAAGAAAGCCAUGACAGUUUGCACUGUGAGAAAGCUCGAAGUAUGCCCAUGGAUCAACGAGUCGAGGUUGUAAAAGGAAAACAUGGUUGUUUCAAAUGUCUGCGAUCUGGACAUAGUUAUAAGAAGUGUCGCAGCAAAGAAAAAUGUCCUUGGUGCAAAAGGGGGCACUGUUUGCUCAUGUGUAGAAAUCUUUCAAGUAAUAGUGAGCCGAAUCAAACUACGGGUAAAGAAUCAGUCAAGCAAACCUUUAAUGAAGAAAAUAGUUGUCUCACUAACGUAUCAUUGGAUGUCAAGGUAUUUCUGCCAAUGUUGAAGGUUAAGCUGCGAGGACCUAAGGGAGCUGUAGAUGUGCGAGCUGUUAUUGAUACGGGUUCACAUAAAUCAUACAUUUUAGGACAGGUAGCUGAAGAGCUAGGUUAUGACAUCGUGGGCGAACAAACGAUGGUGCAUUUGCUGUUUGGUGGAAUCAAGACCAAACCGCAAAAUCAUAAAGCUUGUUGGGUUUACGUGGAUUGUCUGGACGGAUCGUAUCAAUGCAAUUUUAUCGCUUUUAAAGAAGAGGUUAUUUGCCGCAACCCUCCUAAAACAAACAGCGCACCAUGGGCAGAUAUACUCAAGAAAAACCACAUACGACUAUGUGAUACCGGAGAAGGAAAAGAACCUAUUACUUUGCUUAUUGGCGCUGACGUUGCUGGUAAAAAUCUGGUUGAACAAAGGAAAGAAGAUGCUGCUCUGAUGGUUAUGUCUAUGAUGACACAAGAAGCAAGCAUCUCGGAUCUAUGGAGAUUGGAUACUUUGGGUAUCAUGGAUCCUAUAGAGAGUAUAACCAAAGAAGCACGUCAAGCGGAAGUGAAAGCAUCAUUUCGAGAUACAGCUAAGAAGAACGAAGAAGGACGCUAUGAGGUCCAAUUACCUUGGAAGGAAAAUCAUCCUGCAUUACAAGACAAUAGACAUGUCGCACAGAAAAGACUCGACACAGUAACGAAGAGGUUACAACAAGAAAGCUUAUUCGAGGAUUACAAAGCUGUCUUUGACGAUUGGCUUUCUAAGGGUAUUAUCGAGAAAGUGAAUGAUGAGGAGAUUGCUAACAAGAGCUAUUAUCUUCCACACAGGCAUGUUGUUAAAGAAAGCAGUACGACGAAAAUACGUCCAGUUUUUGAUGCUUCCGCAAAAACAGAAGAUUCGCCAUCGCUGAACCAAUGUUUGGAGACGGGACCUAACCUCAUCGAACUCAUUCCGGAUAUGUUACAUCGUUUUCGAGAGAAGAAGAUAGGAAUAACAGCAGACAUAGCUAAGGCCUUUCUUCAGAUAAGCAUCGCUCAAGCGGAUAGAGAUGUGUUGAGAUUCCUAAGCCAUCGCCCUGAUGAACAAGCUCUGUUCGAUUUGAGAGAUUGGAGGUAUUCGGGCAUGAAGGAACCGAACAACUCGACUACAGUACAUGGCCUUCGGUGGGACACAGAAAGAGACACUCUAACCCUCAUGGGACCCUUUCCAGAUACAAUUCCGAAAGAAAUAACCAAAAGAGUCGUGCUUUCGUCAGUCCAGAAAGUGUUCGACCCCUUAGGCUUCACUUGCCCUGUGCUUUUGAAACCGAAAUUGAUGUUGCAGCGUUUAUGA